AUGUCUACUGCGAGGUAUUCGUGCAAAGCGUGCCAUCUUGUCCGACAGGAAGCGGUACAACAAUUGUCGAGGCCGACCGGACGACGAUGCUUCAGCAGCAGCAGAACCCAACGAAGUUCCUGGAGUGGCCAAGAAGAGCAGGAUGGUAGACGCAAUCGUUUCGAUCCAGCGAUCAAAGGAGGUGUCGUGGGAGGAGGUCUUGUCGCAUUGGCUUGGUACACGUGGCAUAAUUUCUUCGAGGACGUCAGGCACCCACACAUCACCGAGCAGCCCAAGAAUUACCUCGACUUUGGAGCUGAGCAGUUCCGCGUCAUCUUCCGAGAGAUUACGCCAGGCCCGACAGAUGAAGUCAUAAGAGCUUUGAAAGAGGUAGCGGACGAGUACAGCCCAUGGAUACCUGGAGGACGAGAGUUUGUGGAGAAGUCGUUUAGUGAUCUGCAAAGAGUCAGGAAGCAUCACGAGACAGAAGUCAACGAGAUUGUCAGGGAUACGUACGAUGAGCUGCGAGAUGUCUCCAACAGGAGAAGCGCGAGGCUGGAAGCCGUGAAUGCAACUUGGUACAUCUUGUCGCGAAGAUUGGAAGAGAUCUCAUCUCUUGCUGGGGAUGUUGCACAUCAGAUCCUGGAAAGCCAUCCUGAGAUGAGAGACAAGCUAGACUGCUCUUUUGAUCAGCUCCGACAACUAUGCGAUCGUCUUGGACCUGGUGCGAAGAGAGAGGUUGAUGAGACGUUCAGUGAAGUGUCGAGGAUCGUGAAGCAAGGAGUAGAUGCGAGCACUGCAGACGACAUCCGGCGUAAAGUCCAGGCCAAAGCACAAGAAAUCCGACAAAGAAGCGAUCGUGCUUGGAGUCUGGCGAUGGAGCAGCUCCAGCCGGCACUGGAGCGAAAUCCUCGAGUCAAGCGCAUUGUCGACGAGAACCUGGAGACCUUGAGACAAGGCCGUGCCAAAGAAGUGGCCGAGAAGAUUCGGCAGGCGGUCAUGAGUGGCAGCAAUGGCGAGUUCGAGCGUUACAUCAAGGACUUGUCCACGCGCUACGACACUAUCGAUAAGCGCGACGUGUACGACUCAAAGCGGUAUGAGGGGUUCGAGCUGGCAUAA